UUGACAUUGAUUUGUUGUUUUUAUGAAAACGCAGAGUCGAAUAAUAAUUUUCUAGAUAAUUUAAGUUUAUUCUGAGAUGAGCCAUAACGAAAGACACCAAAACUAUUACAGAAAUAAAUAUGGAAGAACUCCAUACAGUCAUAAACCUCCAUAUUACCGUACACCUCCGUAUAAUUCGGCAAAUUCCAGAUACCAACUCGACAACACGAAUUCUGAUCAGAGACCUAGCUCGAGAAAUAGGUACCCUGUAAAUAAUUACGGCAACAAAUUUAGAAAUCCCCAAGAACAAUUUCAAGGAAGGGAAUCUGAUAGACGUUUCAGUAACACUCGUUUUAAUAAUGACCAGAAUUAUCCUAUACAACCAGAAACAAAUGAAUCGCUCCUAGAAAGAAAGGCACAGGAACUGCUAGAUAUUGUAUUAAGACAGCCUGGUAUUAGAUCAAAAAUUAUAUUUUUGGAAACGACAGAUAGUCCCGUCCAAAUUUUACAAGGAACAGUAGAUUAUUUUCAACUGAAGAUGAGUAUUGAUACACUUGACAAUGGGAGUUUUGUAAUAAAAAUUGACGAAGAAGUAUUAGCACAAGGUGUAUUUCCUAACAAACAAGCUGCCAAAAGCGCACUGGCUGAACAAGCUAUAGAAUUACUCAAGAAGGACUGUUUCUACAUAACUAAAAAAAAAGUUUACGAAGAAGUUUGUACAAAUGAAAGCACAACGUCUAAGCCUACCCCACAGUCAUCUUUUACUGAUGAUAAUAAAGCUUACCAGAUGAUGUUAAAAAUGGGAUGGAGCGGAAAAGGCCUAGGAGUGAAGGAACAAGGUGUUCAGGAAACUCUUGCAGAAACUAUUGAGCAAAAUAUAACCAAGGAAGGGCUAGGGAGCUCAGAUGUAUUUAAAAAGGUCAAUAAAAUAUUGGAAGACUAUGCCAGCUCCUCGAAAAUUUCAAUGCUACGAUUUGACCCCGAUUUUACGUCCGAAGAACGGGCUCACAUUCACAAAAUAGCAAUGAAAUUUGGAUUAAAAUCAAAAAGCGAAGGCAAAGGUGAACAAAGAAGGAUAACAGUAACAAAGAAGCUGCAUAGAGCUGAUUUGGUAUUCAACUUACUUGUUAAUGACAUGGAAAAUACACUGUACAAACUUCAGAUACCCUCAAAUUUUUCUCAUCAUUGGAAACCAUAGUUAAUGUAUAUUUUUUGUGAAAGAAAUGUUUCUUUUUUAACUAAUAUUUGAUUUAUUUAACUAAUUUUUUUAAGGAUCUUUGUUUUAUAAGUCUGAUAGAUGUAAUUAAUGCAAUUGUUUAUAUGUAAUGACAAACUACACAAAUUAUUAGUAUGUACAAAAGUUUGUAAUAUUAAUGUUAAGGUAGUUUAAAUGAAAUAAAAGAUAUGCCAGCUUACAAAAGGUUUAUUCGUUAUUGGAAAAACACUCGUCGUGUAAUUAUCAUAGUACUAUUAUAGUUAAAAGUAUUUUGACAGAUAGAUAAUUUCCCCCUCCCCCCUCACACAGCAAACAAUAUCGAGAUCUUGAAAACUUCUAAAAAAAUACAAUUAUUAGGGUUAAAUAGUACAUAAAUGCUUUAUAAAUAUAUGAUUAUAUUUAAUUGGACUUUUUUUAUACGUUUAAAGCAGAUUUUUUGUCUGGUAUAACACCCAGGGGUACCUAAAGCAUUUAUUAUUAUUUAUUUUAAUUUUAGAAUUGGUCGGACCACUUGCUUCGAAUUAAAACAUUAUUUAUAUCGAAUCUAUCAAAUUUUCUAACAGCCAAAAUAAACUAUACUAAAAAUUAUUAUUAACAAACUAAUAUAAAUAAGUAAUGUUCCUCCUAUCUUCCUUUCUGUUUCAAUCAAAACAACAAAAAAAAUAAUGUGAAAAGCUUUGUGAUUUAACACCACUAUGCG